AUGUUGUUAUGGUACUUCGAAUCAAUUAAUGUCGAUUUUUUCUGGCAAAAAAAGAGAUCGAAUUUUUCAGGACGAACAAAGACCACUGCUGACUAUCAUAGUUCUAGUUUCUGGGGUGGUGGGAGGGCUUAUCAUCGUUAUCACAAUCGUAUAUAUUUAUCGCUUAUGCCUCAAGAAACAACCGGAAAACCUGAACAUAAACGAGAUCAUAUCAAAAGCCAGGCAAUGAGCCAAUGUCGACCUCUACCAUUUUCCAGUCAAGUUCAAACAAUCAAUCAGUAUCCUUCUGUGCCUUCCGAAUAUAUGAAUAUUCAUCCUCAGAUUGAUUCCGAUGGUUCCAUUUCCAGUGAAAAUAGGUCAAUGAUAGAAGUACAAAAAAUUGGAGACGAUAAUAACAAUCGACAAUUCCAACGUAGAAUUCCAGCAAUUAUUGAAAGCAAUAUUGACGAUGAGGUGGAUUCAAAAUUAAAUAAACAUGACUGGAGAUCGGCCUUAAAACUAACUAAUGGCACACUUAAUCAUCCACCGUAUUUUGAGAAAGAGCGUGAAUACGGUAUGAAUGUGGCAGGUAAUUUUCUACAAGUGAAGGAUCUUCCGUCACGCACACAUAGCGCAGAAAUGCUGCUUGCUGUGCCAAGUGAUGAAGAAAGGCGACGAGCAUCGCUUGAUUUCUACCAAAGACUUACUCAACGAAGAAAACUUCCAAAUAUUGAGCAUCUACAAAGAAGACAGUUAAUAGAGUAA